CCCCCCAUUUUCACUCUCUAGUUCUAAUUUUCCCCCCUUUCCUUUCACACACACACACAAAACCCUAGAGUAGGCUGCGCUUCUCCUCCGCCGGCGAAAAUGUCGAUGUCGAAGAGUUCGAAGAUGCUGCAGUACAUCAACUACCGCAUGCGGGUGACGAUCCAGGACGGCCGCCAGCUAAUCGGGAAAUUCAUGGCCUUCGAUCGCCACAUGAACCUCGUCCUCGGCGACUGCGAGGAGUUCCGCAAGCUGCCGCCGACGAAAGGCUCCAAGGAGGAGCGCGAAGACCGCCGCACCCUCGGCCUCGUCCUCCUCCGCGGCGAGGAGGUCAUCUCGCUCACAGUCGAGGGGCCCCCGCCCCCCGACGACUCCCGCCUGAAGACCGCCUCCGCCACGGCCGUCCCCGGCCCCGGAAUGGGCCGCGCCGCCGGCCGCGGCGUCGUCACCGGCCCUCUCUCCCAGGCCCAGCCCGGUCUGGCCGGCCCCGUUCGCGGCGUGGGCGGCCCGGCGCCAGGCAUGAUGCAGCCGCAGAUUUCUCGGCCACCGCAGAUUUCUGUCCCCCCAAUGUCGUACCCGCAGCAGCCGCCGGUGGUCAGGCCGCCCUCCGUGGCGCCGCCUCCGGGAGGGUUCCCGCCGAGACCUGGGAUGCCGAUGCCGCCUCCGCCACAGUUCAGGCCUGGUGGUCCGCCACCGGCUGGGUUUGGUCCUCCUCCUCAGUAUGGACAGAGGCCACAGAUGAUGCCGCCGCCUCAGAUGAUGAGGGGUCCGCCGCCGCCUGGUGGGCCCCCGAGGCCUGGGAUGCCCGGUGGUCCGCCACCUGGGCAGCAGCCUCCGAGGCCGGGCAUGGCCCCUCCCCCGCCUCCAGGUGGGCAAGUGCAGAUGUUUGGUCCGCCUAGGCCAGGAAUGCCGCCGCCCAACGCCCCUCAGAAUCAGCAGCAGUAAUCAAGGUGUGCAGGUUAUCCAACGAAAAAGCUACCGGUGGAUUUUGGAGUUAGAUCUUGGGACCUUUUGUAGCAUGUAGUAAAGAGAUGUUACUGUAGUAGUUCGGCUUCCUUAUCUACUGGUAACUAGGAUUCAUUUUGUGAGUUUGUUACAAAGUAUGUGAUGGUGGUGAAUAUAUAUUCUGUCUGAAUUCAAAGUCUCUUUUGAUUAUUUUUAGCAUCUUCGAUUUCUAAAGAUAUGAGUAGAUACAUCUCUUGCC